UUGUGCGACAUUUCCGGUAGUAAGGUUGGCCAACCUGAUCGGAGUGCAUUGAGCAGAGCAGCGCUGCCAUCUUUGUCUUGUCGAUUUGGCUUGGCGCCUUUCCUGUAUUGGUUGUUCAGUAGUGGUGAUAGUGUGUUACACGUUUCAAAAUGGCUGGUGGUAAAGCGGGUAAAGAUUCAGGCAAAGCCAAGGCGAAAGCAGUAUCCAGGUCAGCGAGGGCGGGAUUGCAGUUCCCUGUCGGAAGAAUUCACAGGCAUCUUAAAAAUAGGACGACAAGCCAUGGGCGUGUUGGGGCUACAGCGGCUGUAUACUCCGCAGCUAUUCUCGAAUAUCUUACUGCCGAGGUUUUAGAGUUAGCGGGGAACGCAUCCAAAGAUCUCAAAGUAAAGCGUAUCACACCGAGACAUCUCCAGCUGGCCAUCCGAGGAGAUGAGGAACUUGACAGUCUGAUCAAAGCCACCAUCGCAGGAGGAGGUGUCAUCCCACAUAUUCACAAAUCGCUCAUCGGUAAAAAAGGUGGCCCGGGGGCACCAGUUUAAUCAAGGUUAACUACAGGCUACAACAUUCUCACUGCAUUUGACCCGGACACAAUCAGCAAUGUAUAAUGAAUCAGCCAAUUGGUAAACAUAGUUUUCUAUAUAGGUAGUGAUGUGGACUCUUGACAGUGGAGUGACUUCUCUAUAAACUGGUGAUCCGGACUAAAUAAACACUAGAUAUAAGAACUAGACAUAUUUUUAGCAAUAAGGAGAUUUAAAUAUGAUUACUGAUUAGAGUUAAGAUUUACUUUUUGGUUCAUGAUGAGAAAUAAUAGACAUGUUUAUUUCGCUAGACUCUGUGUUCAUUUCGAUUCAGCUGAUUUUAAAAUUGUUGCACUGGCAGUUUAAUUUUUGUAAGGUGGUUUACCUCAAUAGCUGCAGUGCUAUAAUUUUACAUGUUAGAUUAGAACUAAUUUGCAAUUGUUUUAGCUCUAAGCUGUCAAAGUAUAAUUUGCAACAUUUUGUAUUUUUUUAAGUGGUAUAAUAUUGUUCUAAAAUUAAUUUGGUAUGAUUGAACUGUUACAAGUUGUAAGAAAGUGUAUUUUGAUCUUUGAAAUAUAUUGAGAAAAAACUUAAGUUUGUUUAAUCUAAAA